AUGGCCCCGAGAGAACCAUCACGGCCAGCACAUCGGCACCGAGAUCGAACGUCUGACGCUGUCCGGAAGAAUCAGCACAAGAAGAAGAAGCACAAAGCGAAACGGCCGGCUACGGCAUCGGACGAGAGCAAAGAUGGCAGGGAGACGCAUUCGCUAUCCUCUGGCGCCCUGGCGCAGCUAGAACGAGAACAUGCACGGCAAAAACACAAGACGCAGCGACGCAAGCGGCCGCCGAGGGAGCCGAAGGACGACCAAGAUGAAAAGGUAAAGGGCGAGCCGGAGAUGCCUGCUGUCAAGGCACGGAAGCAGAACCGCCGGGCGAGGAAGAAGAGAAUGGUCAGCGGGGCCAUCAUGGAGGAGGGAAGAGUGCGCAACUCGGGCAUGCGAGCGGGCGGCAGCUGGAGCGAGGACAGUUUCGAAAAAGAGGCCUUCUUCCAUCGGCCGCGGCAGAAAAAGUCCAAGAAAAAGCUUUGGAUCCUGCUGGGAUGCAGCCUUGUCGUGCUCAUUGUCGUCAUCGUCGUGGCCGUCGUCGUCAGCAAGAAGAAUGCGGACGCCAAGGCGUCCCUGGACAGCAGCCUCGAGGGAAAGAGCCAGGAAAAAAUACCGACGCAGUGGAAGAACACAUAUCUCGAUCCGUGGACGUGGCAAUCGACGACCGACUUCAACGUCACCUUCACCACGGAUACCGUCGGUGAUCUGCCCGUCAUGGGCUUGCCCUCGAACUGGGACGACUCGGCGAGGGCAAACGACAAGGUGCCGCCGCUGAACCAAAAAUGGGGCCCCUACAGCAGCAAGGCGGCACGAGGGGUGAACUUAGGUGGCUGGCUCGUGCUCGAACCCUUCAUCACGCCGUCACUCUUCCGCUACGGCCUGAACGCCGGCAUCAUCGACGAAUGGACCCUUUGCAAGCACCUCGGCGCGUCGGCGUCGAAGACGCUCGAGGCUCACUACGACUCCUUCGUCACCGAGGCGACCUUUAAGGCGAUUGCCGACGCCGGCCUCGACCACGUCCGGAUCCCCUUCUCCUACUGGGCCGUCCAGGUCUACGACGGAGAUCCCUACGUCUUCCGUACCUCGUGGCGCUACCUCCUUCGCGGCAUCGAAUGGGCCCGCAAGUACGGGCUCCGCGUCAACCUCGACGUCCACGGACUUCCCGGAAGCCAGAAUGGCUGGAACCACAGCGGCCGGUGGGGGGCCAUCGGGUGGCUCAACGGCACCGACGGCCGUCUCAACGGGGACCGCUCGCUCGAGCUCCACGAUCGGCUGUCCAAGUUCUUCGCCCAAGACCGCUACAGGAACAUCAUCAGCCACUACGGCCUCGCCAACGAGCCGCGGAUGACGUUCCUGAAGAAAAGCGACGUCCUCGAGUGGACCGAGGCCGCGUACAAAGUGGUGCGGAGGAACGGCGUCAGGGCCCUCGUCGUUUUCGGCGACGGCUUCAUGGGCCUCGACAACUGGCAGGGCUUGUUGACGGGCUACGACGACAUGGUGCUCGAUGUGCACCAGUACGUCAUCUUCAACGAGAACCAGAUCGUCUUCACCCACCAGAAGAAGAUCCAGUACGCCUGCGAUGGCUGGGGCGAGCAGACGCUGCGCAGCUUGGACAGGACGACCGGCUACGGACCAACCAUCUUCGCCGAGUGGUCCCAGGCCGACACCGACUGCGCCAACUUCCUCACCGGCGUCGGCUGGGGCAACCGAUGGGAGGGCACCUACGACACGGGCGACAAGAGCACGUCGACGCUGACGCCGCGUUGCCCGGCCAAGGACAAAACCUGCUCGUGCGCAAAGGCGAACCAGGACCCGAGCCAGUUCAGCGACGACUACAAAAAGUUUCUGCGUCUCUUUGCCGAGGCCCAGAUGCACAGCUUCGAGAAGGGCUGGGGUUGGUGGUACUGGAGCUGGAAGACGGAGAGCGCGCCGCUUUGGAGCUACGAAUCCGGCUUGAAAGCCGGCAUCCUACCAGAGAAGGCAUACCAGCGCAGUUUCAACUGCGAUUCCGCCGUACCAGAUUUUAGCGAUCUUCCCGAGACGUACUGA